UAUGGUUCCAGUUACCUGUUGUAGCUGGGGGGUCAUUAAUUAGCGGCGCACACAUCCGAGGCAUACGUGACGAAGCUGUGUAUUCCCGGCAAAAGCCGGACGGCUUCUGAUGAGGUAGGACCUAUGUUGAUGCUGUCUCUCCUAAUUGUCGUUCUAGCGGCCAUAAAAUAUUGUUAGGCUCUUCAAGACUGCAAAUAAAAACUUAAGGAACAGAUACUAAUGAUUUUUGAAUGAAUUUCGAUCCGAGUUUUGAUUGGUAAAACUUGUUUUAAAACGAUUUUCCGACAAUCAUUCCCGUGUGUUUGGCCUGCUGCAGGAGGGAGAGAACUUUCACCGUUGCCUGUGUGUGUGUCGCCGUUUUCUGACCUGUGCCUCUCUGUUAUAGAUACAUCCAACCAUAUGUGCUGAUGCCGAACAAAUUGGCCUAUUUUAUAAAGAUGGACAACACACAUGUGUUGUCUGUCAUAAAAAAGGAGAGUAUGAAAACAUGGCUGCCCACAUACAGUGUCACGAAACAGCAGCUGUUCGACAUGGAGGUUACAAAAUGUACAAGUGCCUUAGAGGCUGUAUAAAAAGUGCACACUACCAUUGCUGUUACUGUGGGCAUACAGCUCCAGAAAAGGCUUUCUUCUUAAACCAUGUGCAGACCUGCAGCCACAAUUUGUCAACUUUAGCAGUGACUUCUGCUCCUGUUGCCACCUCCAUGCCUGCUGCAACCGCCGCUCCUGCAGCCACCCCUGCUCCUGUUGCCACCUCCAUGCCUGCUGCAACCGCCGCUCCUGCAGCCACCCCUGCUCCUGUUGCCACCUCCGUGCCUGCUGCAACCGCUGCUCCUGCAGCCACCUCUCUACCAACUUCCCCUUUGUCUCUCCCCAUUAGCUCAAAUAUUAAAAUACUGUCAAGGCCACAGAAUAAAACAACUUGCACAUUUUGCAAUUUAAUUGUUAGCAAAAAGAACAUAAAAGUACAUAUUCAGAGACGCCACAGAUCAAAUAUUGCUGACAUAACAUCAAGCCACCAUCUUCCAUCCCAGUGUGUUGACUAAAAGAAUGGAAUAUUUGUUGUAAAAAGAACAUUUUCUGGACCAACUGCACCUAUUCACGUUCAGAUUUGUACAUGGGGAGAAAAGCAUAAAGUUCUAUGUGAGGUGGAGCAAUGCAGACGGGCAGGGGAGUUUGCGAGAAGAAGUGGACUAAUGGGAUUUCAGUGUAUGUAUCUGAAAUCCAUAUCUCAUUGUCCCGUUUCGUCAGAUACAGCCACAGCCCUUAAAGAGGAAGUCCUGACAGAUAUGGUUGAACAAAAAUGGAUUUCUGAAAAAACAAAGCAGGUCUGUUUCGCCCACAAACAAGCAGCAGAGUCCGAGGGAUGCUCUCUGAGCGACGAGAUCAGACUCGGCAAAGGAGAAACUAAACUUUAUGUGUCUGUAAAGGAUACAGGCACAUCAUACUACUAUCGGUUAGGGAGAGUAGUGGUGUAUUAUGACAAAAAAAAAAUACUUGGCACUGCCCUCGUGCUAAGCCGAAAAACAGUUGUCUACAUAAGUCAAUUGCGAAAUGGCAUUUGAACCAAACACAUCCUAAACUUUUUCGAAAAGUUAGAUCAACAGACUCUGAUGUGUUUGAUGUUUUUGAAAGUCAUGGAUCUCAGGAUGGACACAGCACAGUGCAACAUUCAGCAUCUGUAUAUCCCCCCGAAGGAGAUGGUCUGAUGGCAAUGAUUAAUUAUUUGCUAAAGAACAAGAAAGUACCAAGUGUCUUGCCAGAUGACGUAUGUGCUCCACCCCACAUCAACACUUUGCCAAAGCACCUAAUCCCAAACGAAACAUUUUGUACGGUGUGUCCGGGAAAGGUGCCUCUUUCUGAACCAAUCCUGGUAUCGCAGAAAGCCAAGAUAGCCACGGUUACAGGUCUAGAAGAAGAUGUGUCCACCUAUUGCAAGAGGUGUGCGAUAUGUGGAACAUUCUACCGCUACCAGGAGUGGAGUGAGGGUCUGCACAACUUUGAUGACAGUGUCAUACUGACAUUACAUCUUUGCCUUUUCCUGAGACAGUCUGUGCUGAAUCAUACUGCAGUUGGAAGGGCUCUGGACAUCCUCGAGGAGCUUAAUAAGAAGAAGUAUCCAAACCAUGACUCCAUUCUACAUGGGUAUCUACAUUUUGAGGCACUGACAGAGCAUGACUACAAUUUUUCCUGUGUAAAUUGUGGGGUCCACCCACCUGUCGUUAUAAUGGACCUACACAAUAAAGGAGUUUUUAGUAUGCCAGUGAGUGACAUUGAAGAUCCCUCGCCAGAGUUUGAUGGACAUGUGGAUAUCGAGGCAUUUUGGCACUCAGUUGAGCGAGAGAUUGUUUGCAGGGGUUUUUUAAAAAGUAAUCGUGACAAUCCCUGCAAAGUCUCUCCUUCGUUUGAGAAAUGGGCGCCAUGGGUUGCACCAUGUUCAAGAGCUGGUAUAGCACAGAAUACAGAGUAUGCCAAACUGAUGACCAAGAAGUCUGGGGCAGAACAAGCUGACAUUGAGAUCUCAGAGGAACGUCUCUCAAGUGAACUAAUGAACUUGAAGGUUGACACUUUGAGAAAACUUGUUCGUGAGUGUGGUGUUGACUCAAGGGGAUCAAAAAUGGACCUCCUUAUGCGUUUAAGGGAAGAAAUGAAAUCCAGGAGCACCUAUGACAAAGUUUUCCAAAAAGUCUGGGGUGCAUCAGGUGGCUGAGUCAUCAUGUGCCCUUGUGGCAUUGUGAAUGCAGUGAAAUUCAAUUUAAGAGCAGAAAGCCCCAGAGACUUUGCGGACAUGUUGCUGUCCUUCAAACAUUUCCCGAAUAUUGUUAUUUAUGAUUUUGCACGAGGACUAGUGACCCACACCAACCUACGGGAGCCAGAGAGACUACCCUUCAGCCCACACGAAGGAAGACUGGUGCCAGCCACACCGGAAAACAUUUCAUGUGUCAAGAAUGGAAAAUUGCAAAUCAGUUUGCCUUGGUUGCAGCAAAAAAAAUGUCCACCGGAUCAAAAUGGCCAUCCUGAAACAGGCUCUGCAGAUCACUAUGCACUGUAUGACACUUUUCAUCAAUACAACACAAAAGAUGAAAAGGAUUGCCUAAGAUGCAUUGCCCUAGUACCUGAACUCUGUGGUUGGCUCAAUUCACAAACAGCAGAGCAGCUCUUCUCUGGAAUGCGCAAAAAUAACUACUUCAUGAACUGUCUUUCCCCAUCAAGCCAUUGUUUUCUGAUGCGCAACAUCUUACAUCACCAUAAUGAGAGACUUAAUCAGCAGGCCACCGACAGACUGAAGAAAACCUUUCAUGGAAAUGUCACCCUCAAUUCUGAUGGAAAAGCUGUCCUAGCGAUCUGCACACCACGUCCAUACAGUGCCUCAGCAUCUUCCUCUGACCAUGAAGCUUCCACUGUCUCUGUAAGCUCUACGUCAGCAGCCUCCUCUCUCCUUGCUGCAAACUCUGUGUCUUUGGCAUCAAGACCUUCAAAAUCAGAAGCCGCCAAAAAAUAUCAAGCAAAAGGUGAGGACAGCUUUGACUGUGGAUUGCAUUGUGAAGCUGAAACACAGGCAGGCAACCUCAGACCAUGUCGAGCCUCCUGGACAUUUAGAGACCACCCAGAGUAACAACAAUUGGUUGGUUCAUCACACACAACUGUGUAUGAAAGGAAUCUACCAAAGCUGGACUACAUUCUAGAUGAUAAACGACCAAAAAGUGAGCUUAUCGUCAAAGAUGGGAAAACAUGUCUGACAAGAGAAAAUUUUCUGACUUUGGGGCUUCGGUUGGACAUGGAUUCUGAGAUGGGAAAUGCUUGCCUACGCCUCGUAAAAGAGGUCCUGCAGACACAGGGGAAGUCUGUUCAUGUUCUUGACCUACAUAUUCUGCCAACAUGGCUGCCACCACUAAGCUGCAGCCCUUUACAGUCUUUGCCCGCAAACUCACAAGAAAUGGAUGCCAUUGUCAUUCCUCUCUGGGUUCCUGGACACUUCAUGUUGUGUUGAUCUUGCAAAGCAGCUGGUUCCAGGUCCCUGGAUUGAAAAAACAGGCAAAGACAUAGAGGGGCUUCCGAGACAGACGCAUGCAAAUGACUGUGGCAUUUUUAUGAUAAUGUACGCCUGGUACCUCAUUCUUGGUGAUCCAUUUGACUUCACUGUUAACGACAUGCCAGUUCUGCGGAGAUGGUGGUGUUCCGUUAUUAUGGAAAACCUAAUCCUGGAAGGGCAUGGGAGAAGGUUUGCCCAUUUUACUAAGGAGGGAAAGGACAUGCUUUCUGGCCAUCUUUCACCUGUUUUCCGACUGAAGCGGAAAAGAAGAGAUGAUGAAGACACACAUGAGGAAGUGAAAGAGGCACAGCGGGUGCGCCAGCUUCACUGUGCUGAUCUGAUUGACUGCAUGAAGGGGAGCAUCUCUGUCAGGAAAAACCUAGAGGCUAUAAUAACUGGGGAUGUUCCCUCAUCAUGGGAGCUCAGGAGGGAGAGGCCAACCCUUCACUUUGAAGAUGAACAACUCGACCAGGUUGUCUCAUUCUUGUUUAAAGUCAUCAAGGAAACACCAGGAGCAAGGCAGCGAACAGACUGGGUCGCCUUCAUUUUUGAUGUCCUUUUGCCAGAGGUGACAGUUGCAGUUCUGGCCGAAAGACAUCAACUGACGGUAUCAGAGGCCUUAGAAAGGUUCAGAAGGGGUCCACAAUAUGAACCAUGUGAGAUGAAAAUGUUGGCAAACAACAUGAUGAAAAACCUGUUGGAGGAGGGAGCCGUAAGGCUGAAAGCUUUUGAAAAAAAAUGAAAACAGCCCUCUCCUCUGAGGCAUUCCUCCAGAGACUUUAGAUUUUUCAUCCUACUGUAAUGGUUAUGGCCCUUUUUCUCCCCUUUUCCUUCUCUUCCCCAUUAUUGUCCUUUGUGUAUGUUUUUGGCUUGUGUGUCUCUGCCAGCCUUAGUCAGUUAGUCAAUUAGUCAAUUCCACUCACCUGUUCCCUCAACCAUUUAAACCCUCUGCUUCCCUCUGUCUUUGCCGGUUUGUUGUUUGCCUUCAUCACACGCUGCCACAGCCUCUGUUCCCCACCUCUGGACUACGUGUGUUUUUGGACCCUUGCUGCUUUUUCCCCUUCAUGGAUUUUCCCCCUUGGACUCUGCCUUUGGAUUACCUCAGUUUGUGUUUGCUCCUUUGUUUGAGUUCCUCUGUUGUGUGAGUACUUCUCUGCUUUGUUGUAUCAAGCCUUGUUGCGCUAUAGCAUUAGUUUGGUUUUUGUCCUGCUGCCCCGGUUCUAGUCGCUGUAGUUGUUUUUGGAGUUUUUUGUUAAAUAAAACCCUUUUUCAUUA